UUUUAAACUAAAUUUCGUUUUUUUCCUCUCUCGUCAAGCGGUCUUUAUGUUGUUUUCUCGGUGUCGUUUGAGGGAGGGCAGAACAGUAGUAGAGUAGAGUGGAGUGCUCAGUUGUUUUGUUCUGUUCAGUGUGUGCUUAAAAGCUCUGGCUGUCUUUAAUGGCGUAUCAAGGCAGGACUGGGUUUGCUACUACGCCUAAUUUGGACGACGGAGAGCUGUGGCUGCCCUCUGGUUUUUUGGGCGACGUGGCGGAGAGCAAGAUGACUGGGCCGAAGAAUUGUGGGCAAUUAUCUGUGGUUGCAGAUGAGGAAGAUGAUUACAUGGCAGGUCUUGCCGAGAGCGUGGCUUAUGCCAUGCUGGAUGAUGAUGAUGAUGACGAAAAUUGUGAACAAAGUGCGGGUUUCGGGAGUGGUGGUGAGAACAGAGUGUUUGCUCAGCAAGCUGCUUUUAAGGGUUCUGCAAUGGCAAGGUCGCCGCAGUUUACCUUGACUGGUUUGGAGAGGUUUGGAGGCCAUGACAGAGAGGAAGCUUUGGCACUGUUCAACAUGGCGGCGGAGCAAGUUGUGCGGCUCAAUGCUGUGGGAUUCGAACAUGGGCGGGGGAACAAUGGAGGACAUUAUGAAAUGUCUGGACAGUACUUGCAAGCGUCUCAAUUUCCGUCUCAGCUGCAGCUCAGUCACAAUAUUUUGCCUUCAAGAAAUGAUUUCACGGAUGUAAAUGCAGAGCUUUGCUAUGGCUCACCGCAGAUGGCGUCUCAGCGAGUUUCGAACCCGCGACCUUAUGUUGAAGUGGCGAAAGGGUGUCCUCAGAGCAGAACAAGGUGCGCAAGCAACCCAAGGCCGAUUAACCGACCUAGCCCUCGAUUAGUUCCUGGUCACAUGGGCGGGGGUUCGGGAAUGCGUGCCGUAUUCCUUGGGUCAAAUGGUCCUGGCCGAGAAUCUGGAGGCACUGGAUUUUUUCUUCCGCGUAGGAUGGACAAUAAAGGCUCCGCUGCCAAACCCCAGCCAAAGCCAGCAUGCUCAACAGUCCUGCUUCCAGCGAGGAUAGUGCAGGCAUUGAAUCUCAAUGUUGAAGACUUAAGAUCAAACCCAUAUGUGUAUGUGAGGAAAAAUGAGAAACGCCGGUCGGUCGGUGGAGACGGCUGGCAGCAGCAGCAUCAGCAGCAGAGGGUUGGGUUUAACCCGGGUUGUUAUGAAGCCCAGCUGCCUGGUUCUGAUAUUAGUUUGCCCAACGAAUGGACUUACUAGGGGUUCUCACACAAUGGCUAACACUAACGUUUUAUGAUAAAAUAUUAGUUUAGAUGUAUACACCUUAAGAAUUGUUAGCAGGGUUUAGGCAAAGAAGGGUCAUAACCCAUGGCGUUGUUGGAGAUUUUGUUUUGCACCCAUGGAAUAAAGCCAUCUCUUUGGUUACCAUCUUUUGUAAUAUGGGGUACUUAGUACAUUAGGUUGGAAGAUAGGGUUGAUGGGAGGAAUUAUUAUGCUCUUUUUGGUUGAAAUGAUUGAACAUGCAGGGCUGGUUUUAGGGUUUGCAGGCUCGUUGGAGCAUUUUGGGUGGGAAGACUGUAUAAUGUAAUGUAAUGUAGUGCCCGUCAAUAAAGUCUAUUGUAUUGUGGCAUGAUUUAUUUGCCAGAGGAUACACUGUCCCAACAUUUUGCAGUAACUGAAUAAUGAAAUAGUAUCUGUAAAUGUUUAUUACCAUCAGCCAGAGUGCUUUUCUGGUCAAACUUGUAAAUCUUCUGCAGACCAUGUACAGUUUUUUGAAUAAAUGGUUGUGUACCGUUUAUUAUA